CCCGGCGUCGGCGGCGCGCGCGCUCCCUCCUCUCGGAGAGAGGGCUGUGGUAAAAGCCGUCCGGAAAAUGGCCGCCGCCGCCGCUGCCGCGCCGAGCGGAGGAGGAGGAGGAGGCGAGGAGGAGAGACUGGAAGAAAAGGCAGAAGAACAGGAUCUCCAGGGCCUGAAGGAUAAACCUUUGAAGUUUAAAAAGGUGAAGAAGGAUAAGAAAGAAGACAAAGAGGGCAAGCAUGAGCCCCUGCAGCCAGCGGCCCACCACUCUGCUGAGCCAGCAGAGGCAGGUAAAGCAGAGACCUCGGAAGGGUCGGGCUCGGCCCCAGCCGUGCCAGAAGCUUCGGCCUCCCCCAAACAGCGGCGCUCCAUCAUUCGCGACCGGGGACCCAUGUACGACGACCCCACUCUGCCUGAAGGUUGGACCCGAAAGCUUAAGCAAAGGAAAUCUGGCCGCUCCGCUGGGAAGUAUGAUGUGUAUUUGAUCAAUCCCCAGGGAAAAGCCUUUCGCUCUAAAGUGGAGCUGAUUGCGUACUUCGAAAAGGUAGGCGACACCUCCCUGGACCCUAAUGAUUUUGACUUCACGGUAACUGGGAGAGGGAGCCCCUCCCGGCGAGAGCAGAAACCACCUAAGAAGCCCAAAUCUCCCAAAGCUCCAGGAACUGGCAGAGGUCGGGGACGCCCCAAAGGGAGCGGCACCACGAGACCCAAGGCAGCAACAUCAGAGGGCGUGCAGGUGAAAAGGGUCCUGGAGAAAAGCCCCGGGAAGCUGCUCGUCAAGAUGCCUUUCCAAGCUUCGCCGGGCAGUAAGGCCGAAGGGGGUGGGGCCACCACGUCGGCCCAGGUCAUGGUUAUCAAACGCCCCGGCCGGAAGCGAAAAGCUGAGGCUGACCCCCAGGCCAUUCCCAAGAAACGGGGCCGAAAGCCGGGCAGUGUGGUGGCGGCUGCCGCCGCCGAGGCCAAGAAGAAAGCCGUGAAGGAGUCUUCCAUCCGGUCUGUGCAGGAGACCGUGCUGCCCAUCAAGAAGCGUAAGACCCGGGAGACGGUGAGCAUCGAGGUGAAGGAGGUGGUGAAGCCCCUGCUGGUGUCCACCCUUGGCGAGAAGAGCGGGAAGGGACUGAAGACCUGCAAGAGCCCCGGGCGGAAAAGCAAGGAGAGCAGCCCCAAGGGGCGCAGCGGCAGCGCCUCCUCGCCCCCCAAGAAGGAGCACCACCACCACCACCACCACGCCGAGCCCCCGAAGGCGCCCGCGCCACUGCUCCCGCCCCCGCCCCCGCCCCCACCGGAGCCCCAGAGCUCCGAGGACCCCGCCAGCCCCCCCGAGCCCCAGGACUUGAGCAGCAGCGUCUGCAAAGAGGAGAAGAUGCCGAGAGCAGGCUCGCUGGAGAGCGACGGCUGCCCCAAGGAGCCAGCUAAGACUCAGCCCGCGCUCACGACCGCCGCCGCGGCCACAGAAAAGUACAAACACCGAGGGGAGGGAGAGCGCAAAGACAUUGUCUCAUCCUCCAUGCCAAGGCCAAACAGAGAGGAGCCUGUGGACAGCCGGACGCCCGUGACCGAGAGAGUGAGCUGACUUUACACAGAGCGGAUUGCAAAGCAAACCAACAAGAAUAAAGGCAGCUGUUGUCUCUUCUCCUUAUGGGUAGGGCUCUGACAAAGCUUCCCGAUUAACUGAAAUAAAAAAUAUUUUUUUUUCUUUCAGUAAA